AUGAAGUCUUCCCUCUUGGUGCUCACGCCCGCCACGGCGGCUCUCGCCUUUCCCGACUGUGGUCAGCCAUGCAUUGCUCCCGCGCUCGACUUGUCCGGGUGCGCCACACUUGCGUGCCUCUGUGAGAGGACUCAUGAACUCCAGACCAUGUUCGAGUGCUUCAUGGCCAAUUGCAAUGCCCAAGAGUACCACCCUGCCAUCACGCGUAUCUCCAAUGACUGCAUCAAUCACGGCCAGGCUCAGUAUGCUGUCCCGAUGAGCUACAUCUCUGGCUCUUCCAAAGUUGCCUCUCCCUCUGUUGACCGCAUGCCCUACUCGCUCAACCCAACUCUGCGCCUUUUCACCACCAAUCCCACCUCUAUCAAGGAGAAUUGCCCUGACGGCAGUGGAAAUGGCAACGGCAAUGGUGGUUCCGGUCUCGGUGCCGGCGGCCUGCCUCCCGGUUUCCCCUUUGGACCUGCAGGAAGCGGCGCUGGUGCUUACGACAAUGGAGCUGGGAAUGGCGCUGGCAAUGGCGGAAAUGGUGGCAACGGCAAUGGUGGCAAUGGUGCUGGCUCUGGUCUUGGAGGCUUGGGUGCCGGAGCUGGGGCUUAUGGCAACGGUGCUGGCAACGGUGCUGGCAACGGUGCUGGCAACGGUGCUGGCAAUGGCGCUGGCAAUGGAGCUGGCAAUGGUUUCGGAGGCAAUGGUUUCGGAGGCAAUGGUCUCGAAGGCAAUGGAAACGGUGGUCUCGGCAACAGUGCUGGCAACAGUGCUGGCAAUGGUGCUGGCAAUGGUGCUGGCAAUGGUGCUGGCAAUGGUGCUGGCAACGGUCUCGGAGUCAAUGGCAUCGGCGGUCCCGGAAAUGGAGCUGGCGGUCUGGGUGAUGGUUCUGGUGCUUAUGGCAAUGGUGCUGGUGCGGGCAAUGGUGCGGGCAAUGGAGGCAAUGGCAAUGGAAAUGGAAAUGGAAAUGGAAAUGGUGCUGGUAAUGGUGGGAAUGGCGCUGGUGCUGGUGCUGGAGCCUUUGGUUCGGGAGCAGGAAAUGGUGCAGGAAACGGCGGCUUGGGCAAUGGUGCUGGUAACGGUCUCGGAAAUGGCGGUAGUGGUGUGAACAAUGGCAAUGGAGGCAUGGGAGAUUGCAGUGGCAUGGGCGGAGGUGCCGGAGGUCCCGGUGGCGGUGCUGGAGGUCUGGGCAAUGGUGCCGGCGGUCCCGGCAAUGGUGCUGGAGGCCUCGGUAAUGGCGCCGGCGGUCUUGGCUACGGCUCCGGAGGUCCGGGCGGCGGUACCAGCAAUGGCAACGGCAACGGCAACAUUGGUGCCGGCAACAGUAACGGCAACAGCGCUGGUAACGGUAACAAUAACGGAAACGGUUCAGGCAAUGGCAACGGCGCUGGCAGCGGUGCACCAUGCCCCGAUGGUAACGGCAACGGCAAUGGAAUUGGAAACGGAAAUGGCAACAAUGGCGCUGGCAAUGGAGGCAAUGGGAACGGAAAUGGUGGCAACGGCAGCAACGGCGGUGGUGGCGCUGGCGGCCCUCUCCCUUCACCCGCUCAAAUGCAAGGUCCCCUCGUCCAAACCAUCUUUGUGAUUGGAACUCCAAGCCCCGAAGCCAUUGUCCCGGGAUCCGGAGCUGGAAACGGCGGCGGUAAUGGAAAUGGUAAUGGCAGUGGCAGUGGCAACAGCAAUGGAUCUGGUGCUGGCAAUGGGAAUGGAGGCAAUGGCAAUGGCAAUGGCAACGGCAAUGGCAACGGCAACGGUAGCGGCAACGGUAGCGGCAACGGUAGCGGCAACGGCAACGGCGCUGGCAAUGGUGGUAAUGGCGGCAAUGGAAAUGGAAAUGGCAACGACGCUGGCGCUGGCAACGGAGGCGCUCCAGCACCUACCCCUUGUCCCACAGGUUCCGGUCCCUCAUCAUUCCUCGUCCUCACCAUCACCGUCCCUCAGCCUGCGCGAGUUGUGGAGAAGAAGCAAUACUGGAACGCCAACGUCAUGGCCUAUGGUGGUCCCGAUGAUGGUUCUGGCGCCGCACCGGGCAGCGGCGGCUCAGGAGUAGCACCAGGCAACGGCAACGGCGGCUCUGGAUCAGCGCCCGGCAGUGGAGGCUCCGGAGUUGCGCCUGGUAAUGGCAACGGCGGUUCGGGUGUAGCACCUGGCAAUGGCGGCAUGGGACCAGGCAAUGGAGGCUCUGGAGUGGCUCCUGGGAACGGCAAUGGUGGUUCAGGAUCAGCGCCAGGAAACGGCGGCUCUGGAUCAGCGCCCGGCAGUGGAGGCUCCGGAGUUGCGCCCGGUAAUGGCAAUGGAGGAUCGGGCGUAGCACCAGCAAACGGCGCGCCUCCAGCACAGGUCACCCAUUCUCUGGCUGACACCAACACGCCUUCUGUCGGUCUUCUGCUCAUUCCUGUCACGGUCAUGAUCGGCUGGGGAUCUCUUCUUCUCUUCGUCUAGG